GACAAACUCCAACUCCGCACAACUUUCCUCAAUACAUGCCUUCAUCCGCACGUCACAUCCCACAUUAGCACCUACCACGAACUCCCCCGCACGUUAAAUGGCGAACACGCAAACCAUCAUAACUUUUGUCGGUAUUUUGACGAUCGGUAUUACCGUCGUUAAAAUAGCGAAUUGGAUUGCCAUCUACACACUUCCUUCGAGACUUAGUCGUUAUGCGCACAAUUCGUCGAACGGCGAUGCGCCCUGGGCCCUGGUGACCGGUGCUUCAGACGGCAUUGGUCGUGCCUUUGCAUCCGAAUUGGCGAUGCAAGGGUUCAACGUCGUACUUCACGGGCGGAAUCACGCCAAGCUCUCUGCUGUCGCGUCUGAUUUGCGAACAAAAUGCCCAGAAAGCUCAUUCCGCAUACUGGUGGCAGACGCGAGUGCUGUGCCAUGUAUCAACUGCAGUGGGGCUGUGCGGCCAUCUCAAACCGGUAAUUCUUCGCAAGCUCCUUUGGAUUUUGAGUCGAUUCAAGCAGAGCUUCGCGAGUUGCACCUCACCGUAGUCGUCAACAAUGCGGGAGGCGGCCCGACCAAUCCGGUUUUCUCGCCCCUCAUCGAAUGCUCGAUGGACCGGAUCAACAGCAACGUCAGCCUGAAUGCGCUUUUCCCACUACACUUGACACGAGUGCUCCUACCAACUCUCCAGCAAAAUGCGCCGGCCAUGGUUAUGAAUAUCAGCUCCAUGGCAGACCAAGGAUUUCCUCUACUGGCGGCAUACAGCGCUAGCAAGCAGUUCCUCAUGAAUAUGACGCGUGCCGUGGGUCUGGAGUUCAAACUUGACGAUGCGGCCAACAGCGUUGAAAUGCUAGGCGUCAGAAUCGGCAGAGUCACAGAUGUUUCGCAUUUGAAGGAGGCCCCAUCGCUAUUUACACCCGAUUCUCAGACUAUGGCCAGAGCCGCCUUAGCACGGAGCGGUCGUGGGCAUGGAGUAGUUAUUGGAUACUGGAGCCACGCGCUACAACAAGCCGCAUCCAGCUUUUUGCCGAUGUGGGCCAAAGAUCAAGUUGUUAUGGCUAUCAUGCGUCAGCAAAGAGCAGGAGAGUUGAGAACACGAUGAACAAUGUCUGUUGUUCUUGAGCAACUAUCACAUACCGAAGACGUACAUGAACACAUAGUGAGGCGCUUAAUGACAGACCUCUCGUAGAAUACCUUUUUGUUGACGACCUCCAUUAAGUCAUUAACGACAUGGGUCUAAGACCAACCGCCAGCCACUAAUCAUUUAUCCUAUAAUCGAACUUGAUGAUGAGCAGAA